AUGGAUGAUACACAGUUCAAUCCAGCUGGCGUUCCUGAGCAGGGAUCUGGCUUGGAUGGAGGAUCCGCGAUCCGCGAUGCUUCAGAGACACAGUCGCGUCAAGACUCACCUGUGAGAAACAAUGAAACCGCCGGUGGAUCCGACGACCCCCUCGAUGCUCCCGCCUCGCCUAAACCCCAGAACGGCGGGGAACUUGAAGACGAGGAGAUGGGUGGCACCGAGACCGAUGCCAAGCGCGACACCGAAGGCCUUGAGGAUGCCGUGGGUGAGUCGCACCCAACGGGAGAAGGUGUGGAUGGAUUGGAGGAUGCCGUGGGAGAAGAGCAACCUGCGCCAACCAAGUCUUCUCUCGAAGCCGCUGCGCGCGAACAACUCGUCACCCAAACCCAUGCGAUCAUCCUCCCCAGCUACGCCACAUGGUUCGACAUGAACACUAUCAACCCCAUUGAGAAGAAAGCUCUCGCCGAGUUCUUCAAUGGCCGCAACCGUAGCAAGACACCCGCUACCUACAAAGAUUACCGAGACUUCAUGAUCAACACUUAUCGAUUGAACCCCAUUGAGUACUUGACCGUCACUGCUUGCCGUCGCAACCUUGCCGGUGAUGUGUGCGCUAUUAUGCGUGUUCACUCAUUCCUCGAGCAGUGGGGUUUGAUUAACUACCAGGUGGACCCACAAACCCGUCCUUCCAAUAUCGGACCCCCAUUCACUGGCCACUUCCGAGUCAUCGCCGAUACUCCUCGCGGUCUCCAGCCAUUCCAGCCAGGCCCAAACCACAGCGUCACAUCCGGCAAGGCUCUUCCAGCUACCCAACGCGCAGCUUCUUCCACCCCUGCCUCUAAGGAAGAUCUCAACUUCGAACUGCGUCGCACCAUUUAUGACGAUAAGGGCAAGGAUGUCACACCGGCCGAUGAUAAGGAAAAGCAGACCAAUGGCGAAUCAAGCAACGGCUUGGACCUUGCCCAGGAGUCUAAAAAGAAGGCACACUGUUUCUCUUGCGGUAUUGACUGCACCAAGCUCCGAUUCCACUACGCCAAGUCUGCUUCCACAUCAGCCAAUGCCAACACCCCAGACUCUAAAUAUGACCUGUGCCCUAGCUGCUUCCUUCAAGGAAGAAUGCCCUCCAGCCACAAUGCCUCAGACUUUGUCAAGCUUGAGGACAAGAACCACACUCAAGUUCCCGGCAAAGACGCACCGUGGUCGGACUCAGAGACAAUCUUGCUGCUCGAGGGUCUGGAGAACUUUGAUGAUAACUGGGAACAAAUCGCAAGCCACGUUGGCACACGGUCUCGUGAAGAGUGCGUGAUGAAGUUCUUACAGCUAGAGAUCGAAGACAAGUAUGUCGACGAUGUUCCUGAGCUGCGUUCUGGGAGCGGACGGGACCCUAUCAGCCAGUCCGAGAACCCUGUCCUUUCUGUUGUUGCUUUCCUUGCCCAGAUGGCAGAGCCUGCCGUGGCUGCGGCCGCAGCCGGACGAUCCGUUGAAGAGAUCCGCAAGGAGCUCCAGGAUUCCAUGGAUGUGGAUCCCGCGCGCGAGGCCGAGCAACAAGCCGGCUCGAAGCCCAAGGAAUCUCUCAGCACGAUCGCCCUGGCUGCCUCAGCCGCCCGUGCCGGUGCGCUCGCAUCUCACGAAGAGCGUGAAAUGACCCGUCUCGUGUCCGCCGCUGUCAACGUCACUCUGCAAAAGUUCGAAGUCAAGCUCCAGCAAUUCAACGAGAUGGAAGAGAUCAUCGAGGCCGAGCGCCGCGAGCUCGAGCAAGCCCGCCAGCAGCUCUUCCUCGACCGCAUGACCUUCAAGAAGCGCGUCAAGGAAGCCCAGGAUGCUCUCCAGACCGUCAGCCUGCAAGGCCCCAACGAGCACUCAAACCAGAUGCUUGCUGAUGCUGCCACCACUGGUAUCGGUAACCACUACACCUUCCAGCCCGUUGGCGGUGACAUGCGGGCAGGAACUCAGCCUUUGAGUGCCCAGGGUGGUGCCGACUACAAGACGCUCGAACUGUAG